AUGGGGCUUCCGGUGACUCUGUUGGUCCUGGGGGGCCUCGGGGGGGCACUUCUGGGGCCUCCUGCUGCGCUGGCUGCUACAUCGCAGUCGGGUACCUCCUCAACUCGUACAAUGGAAUGUUUUGAGUAUGGGUACGACUAUUACGGGUAUGACAUGCAGGAAGUCUCUGGUGUGCCAUCUCCCGGCGCAUGCAUGCAGGAAUGUAUGAACCACAAGGGUUGUGGCUUCUGGAGCUACAGCACCUACACCCUCUCCUGCUACCUUAAGUCUGUGGGGGCUGUGCUAGAGCGGAGACCGUCCCCUGGCAUUAUCUCUGGUCCCCGUCAAUGCAGCUACUCUACCACUUGUUUUGAGCCGGGCAUCGACCUCUUCGGCUAUGAUAUCGAAAGCAUCGAAGGCCGCUAUAUCAUGAACCCAGUAGACUGUCAGCGUCUCUGUGAAGCUAACCCGCAGUGUGCUUUCUUUAGCUGGAGGUUUUCUAAUCAUUCUUGCUAUUUGAAGAGCUCUCCUGCAAUCCUUAAUCGCCGCGAGGACCCUGAUGUAACAUCGGGUCCCCGAUCCUGCGUAGGCAGCGCAGUGACUCUUCCUUCUCCUGAGGACUACCCCACCCCCUUCGACCCCGAAACAGCCCCUCCUCCGUGUGUCCUAGCUGGAGUGGACUUGAGAGGACACAACGUAAAGACAGCGAAGGCGCGCUCCCCUGCUGCUUGCCAGAUGCUCUGCCUCAAACACAGAGACUGCGAGUACUGGACUUGGAGCACUCAUUCCCACAUCUGCUCCCUUAAGAAUGCAGAUGCCCUAAGCGGCCGCUCAGAAGGGCAACACACCCUCGACAAGGUCUCUGGUGCUAAGAGAUGUAUUCCUGUCGUUCCAGGUUGUCAGUUCGUUGACGUCGGGGUUGUUGGUGCUGUUCUAAGCAAGCGCUCGGUUGCUUCUUUUGAUCUUUGUCAAAUUCACUGCGCUGCCUUUUCUGGUUGCACGCAUUUCUCUUUUGAUUUAAAGUCGGGAGAUUGCAAUCUCUGGUCUUCCUUCAAUACCUACUCCAAGGGCAUCACCACAGACGGGCUGGUCUCAGGAAGGGCAUUCUGCGAUGCAGAAGAGAUUUGCUUCGAGCAGGCGGAUUAUGUGGGGCACAACGUGGAAGAGAACGAGACUGGGGAGGUCGACUCUCCUGCUGCUUGCCAGGCGAUGUGCCAGCAUAACGCUGACUGCCACUACUGGACGUGGCUGAACACUAACAAGGGCUGUUAUCUAAAGGAUGCAGAUGCACUUGAGGGACGCACAAACGACCCUACUGCCCUCGGCAGAUACUCAGGACCUAAGUACUGCAACAUGAGCUAUGGCUGUUUAUCCAUAAAUGCGGUGUACUCGGGGAUGUCCCUACAGACAACGGAGACAGAGGAUUAUCUCCUUUGCAGCUCUAAGUGUGCUGAGCAUCCCUUUUGUACCGCAUGGACAUACCAUGGAGAUAUGCGGCUAUGUUCUCUCUUCUCUGGAGAACCUACGCUCCUCUCUAAGCCUGUUAGAGGAGCAGUCUCCGCCCUUAAGAACUGCUUCCAACAGGAAGAAGAAGAACAAAGCUGCUUCGAUGAAGGCAUUCAAUAUCCCCUCGACAAUGUUGUCAAGAUAGCUUCUGCUGGCUCUGCCCAUGAAUGCUAUUUGCUUUGCGGGCUUGAGUCCACUUGUUCGAAGUGGACAUUCAAGAGCGGAGACACUUGCGUGAUGAUGAAGAACGCCGACUCGGACAGCAGCAGCACCAGCAGCAGCAGCACCAGCAGCAGCAGCACCAGCAGCACCAGCAGCAGCAGCACCAGCAGCACCAGCGGCAGCAGCGGCAGCGGCGACGUGGUGUACGACCCCGCAAGUGUUUCCGGUCCCAAGUUGUGUAGCGAAAUGCCUCUGCUGUCGGGGCCUGCAUCCUUCAAGGGGACACCUCUGCGCGUGUCGUCUGUCUUCUCUCCUAAGGGUUGUGCCGAGCAGUGUCUGCAGAAUCCACAAUGCCGUUACUGGAGCUUCCUCUUGGGGAAGGAGACGAACUGCCAACUCUAUAGCAAGAUUGAAUCCCUUGAAACCCAACCUAAUUGUAUAUCUGGUUUUGUCCCUCGCGUUCUGCUUGCAUCUAACUGUAGUUACCCUGAGGAGACAAUUGUGGCAACAGUCUUCGUGACCUCUGUGGAGACAUGCUCAUCCGAGUGUGUUGCUAACCCCAGAUGCCGUGCCUGGUCAGCAGUGGUGGAGCCUUCUGCUGCUCUCGCGCAGCUGAACAGCAGCAGCAGCAGCUUGACACCAGCGGGAACAUCAGCUGCUAGUACUGAUGAGGUCACUUGCCACUUGCACAGCGAUGACAACACCCCUUCUUAUUCCUUCUCUCCCCGCACUUUCUGCGGCACUUCUCUUAACCCUAAGACUCUACGAAAAGGAAAGACUUAUACUGUUAUCGCAGGGGACGAGAUCUUUAGCAACCCUCUCGAUCUUGUUGACUGUCCUACCCAUUGUGCAAGCAACCCUGAUUGCUUAGGUUGGUCUUAUGAUGUACAGAGAGGCUGUCUUGGGUUUGAUUCAAUAGAUGCAGAAGAAGAGAAUACAGGAGCUAUCUCUGCCCCUGUAGAUAGACCUGCCCCUGCUCUUCGUUUUAAUAUUGCAUUCGUUGGAGGAGACACCAUCACGCCGGCGUCUUCACGAGCAGCAGCAGCAACCAAAUCUUCUGCUGCACCUUUCCGAUCUCUUCGUAUUGGUAUUGUUCCAACGUCUAGUGCUGGCGCUGUUGCUGCUGCUGGUGCUGCUCCUACUGCUCCUGUUCCUGCUCUUUAUCCUUUCACACCCAAUAAGAAGAUAGCCCCCUCAUACAAUGACUGUAUCACUGCAUGCACCAAGGAACUUGCAUGCGUUGCGUGGACAUUUAAGGAGGGUGCAUGCACACUCUUCUCCAACACAGAAGGAACCGUCUUCGAACCCAAUGCCAUCUCAGGAACACGCUCCAUUCAGCAACCCCUGCCUUGGGACUUUGCAGUGGGCCAGAAGUACGCGGCAGACCCCUUGGUGUCUUUCCCUACUGGCCCUAUAACGAACGCCAAUGGAGACGUCAUAGAUGGAGGAGAGCCUUUAACCCCCAUUGAGUGUGCAGAACGCGCAGCAGCAGAUCAGUGUUGGAGUUUUGACUUGGUUGCAGGCAGGUGCUUCGUCUACGGUGAUUGCGCAGUCUCCGAAGAAGCACAAACAUUCGUCUCUGGCAUUUCUUAUUUCACCGCAGAGGACAUCGCCACUGCAGAAGCACGCAUGAGAGGAGGCAAGGUGAAGACACCGGCAGCAGCAGAAGGGGAAGAGAUCACCCACGCUGCAGAAACACUGGCAGCACACACUGACCAAAAGCCUGUAGAAGUCGGGGGGGAGCAGGCGCAGCAGCACACGCAGCAGCAGGAACAGCAGCAGACGGCUCCUCAGCAGCAACAGGAGGAGAAAGACGACUAG